GAUGGCGGAGGUGGCGAGCUCGGUGGUGCAGGAGGUGCUCGGCGACCGGGCGCGCGACGUCGACCAGCCCAUAAUCGAUUACAUCAUCAACGUCCUCGCUGACGAGGACUUCGACUUCGGGAUCGACGGCGACGGCGCCUUCGAGGCCGUCGGCGAGCUGUCUGCAGCAAAAUUUCAGAGAAGUUUGGAAAACAUGGGCUAGUGAAACCUAAAGAAGCUGUUAGAAGUCUAGCCACACCUUUGCGGAUGUAUGAUGGGAUGGACGAGACUGAAACCCGAAAGAAACAGCCGGAGGCACUUGAUGGUCCAGUGCUCUCGGAACGUGAUAAAGCAAAGCUUGAUAGAAGAAAGAGGAAAGAGGAGCGGCAGAGACAGGCUCAAUAUCAAAUGCAUUUGGCGGAGAUGGAGGCAGUUAGAGCAGGGAUGCCUGUUGUAUGCGUAAAUCAUGGUGGAAAUGAGGGGUCAGCUGUCAGGGAUAUCCAUAUGGAGAACUUUACUGUUUCGGUUGGUGGUCGUGAUCUUAUCACAGAUGCUUCAGUGACUCUUUCAUUUGGAAGGCACUAUGGUCUUGUUGGGAGAAAUGGUACCGGUAAAACUUCUUUCCUGAGGCAUAUGGCUAUGCAUGCUAUUGAUGGUAUUCCUAAGAACUGCCAAAUACUACAUGUGGAGCAAGAAGUUGAGGGAGACGACACAACAGCCCUGCAGUGUGUCCUGAACUCUGAUAUUGAGAGAAUUCAACUCUUGGAAGAAGAAGCUCGUCUACUUUCACAACAGCUACAAAUUUGAGUUCCCAACCCCAGAUGACAGACCAGGGCCUCCAAUUAUAAGUUUCAGCGAUGCAUCAUUUGGUUAUCCAGGAGGGCCCAUCUUGUUUAAAAACUUGAAUUUUGGCAUAGACCUUGACAGUCGCAUUGCAAUGGUUGGUCCAAAUGGCAUUGGCAAGUCCACCUUACUCAAGUUAAUAUCCGGAGAACUUCAACCAACUUCUGGAACCGUGUUUCGUUCUGCAAAGGUUCGUAUGGCUGUAUUUAGCCAACACCAUGUCGAUGGGCUCGACCUAUCUUCAAAUCCCCUUCUCUAUAUGAUGCGAUGCUACCCUGGAGUACCUGAACAGAAACUUAGAGCUCAUUUGGGUUCAUUUGGUAUUACGGGAAAUCUUGCACUCCAGCCAAUGUACACUCUGUCAGGUGGUCAGAAAAGCAGGGUUGCAUUUUCAAAGAUCACCUUCAAAAAACCCCACAUUAUAUUGCUUGAUGAGCCAUCAAACCAUCUUGACUUGGAUGCUGUUGAGGCACUGAUCCAGGGUCUUGUUCUCUUCCAAGGAGGAGUGCUAAUGGUAAGCCAUGAUGAACAUCUAAUAUCCGGGAGUGUUGGCGAGCUGUGGGUCGUAUCAGAGGGCAAGGUCACACCGUUUUCAGGGACAUUCCUGGAUUACAAGAACAUGCUGAAGUCUGGAAAUUGAUCAGAUCUAUUCCCUAGCUCAAACAUGCAUGCACAGCACAAACACACCAAUAUCACAGCACAUUUGUCGGUAUUCUAUCAAAAUUUGUAGCAUAUUCAUGUCAGUGCAAUUUUGUAGAAUAUUUUGAAAUGCAAUGCAGGUAUGACCUAUUUUUAUCCCA